AUGUCCGCUCUCGACCCCUCCGGCCCUUCCCAACCCACCCUCAACCAAGCCUACACCACGCCCGGCAACCCCGCGACUAAGGAACCCGCCGAGCAAGCCCAGGCCGACUCGAAUGCUCUCGAUGACUCAAAGCCGGUAGAUAAGCGCAUACCCAGCGAGCAAGUUGCACCUGGAACUGAAGGCCAAGCGAAGGCACCUGGUGGAGGGAUCCAUGGUGCCCCCGCGGGCGAAGAAUCCCGCGGCCGCACGCACGAAGACGUAGGCCGGCACAACGAGCUCGAUGGGCAGCAGAUGGCCGCUCCGGGCGAAGGAAAGGUCGCCUCCGCGGUCUCGCACAACGACCGCUUCGGCGCAGGAGGCGGAGGCAGCGAGCAGGACUUUGCUAGCGAUCUGGACAGGAAGAAGGCAGAGCAGCAGGCGGCGAGGGAACAAAUACAGGGACAAAGAAAGGAAGGUGUGGAGGCUGGGGGUGCGCUGGGUCAAACGGGAGGACCGGCGAAUCCCGUGGACAAGAACAACUACCCGAACAGCGGAGUGUAG